UUGAAUGAAGGACACUAGGUACAAUCUGGCACUCUCCAACGAAGUCUCUUGUCGGCUACAUCUGCAGCGUGGCCUUUCCAAGAACAAAUACCGUCAUUCAAACCUGAUAACACCAUGAAAUUUAACAAUGUAUCGGCCAUAUUUCUAAUGAUAAUGAUGGUGGUGACAAAUUUCUCCAUUAUUCGAGGUCAAAUGGGUUACAAUAGUAACUACCAGUAUGACGCACAGGCAGCAUACAACUGUCAAAAUAAUUUUUACGGGUCGGCUCACAAUUGUGGAUAUGGAACACGAAAUCAAAAUUGGUUUGGAUCAUAUUAUUUAGGCAAAGCGAAUCCAUAUGGGUUUGUUAGCACAAUGCCAUACGGUUAUGGUUCAGGGGCCCAACCUUUCUUCUCAGAUCCCUAUUCGGGUGGAUGGCCUGGCACCAGUUAUGCCCCAGGUGGUUACCUCGGAUCAGCCCUACCAUACAACAACAAUAACUUUUAUCCAAAUCCGAAUGUUCGUUAUUAAUCGAAUUUGUAGAACUUGUUACAUAUCGUAAAAUUAUUUCUAUUUGUUUGGCAAUGCACGAAGAACAAGAAUUUCAUAUUCGUUUCCUUCAA